AUGGAAGAUUCGGCAACAGGAACAGAAUUAUUCUAUUGGUUAGCAACACCCAACAGACAGUUGCCGGCAAGAACCUCGAGUAGAAUUCAUCGAGGACAAAACAUGUUCACUAAGAUUCAAGUACUUAUUUGCCUUGCUCUAUCAGUUGUUCUGAUCGUCGUGUUAGCGAAUGCAGAAGAAUGCAAAGAUGCGAAUCCGGACUGUGUAGGUCGAGACUACGUUUGCACAGAAUACAAAGAUUACGCCGCACAAUACUGCAAGAAAACGUGUAACCUUUGCGGAGGUGGCAAUGGAGGGGAAAAAGGAGAUGGAAAAGAUGAGGCGGGGAGUGGCGAUGGUGAUGAAGGUAACGGUGAUGACGAGGAUAAAGAUGAUGGUGUAGACGAUAGUGAUAAUGAUGACGAUGACGAUGAAGAUAAGGACUUGGAGUAA